UCCCGCAACAACCUGGAGGAGAGAGAGCGCAACUACAUCACUGCCCCUGCCUCCUCCUCACAGCGUUGGUCGCCAUCCAUCCCCUCUCCUCCUGUACCAUAACAGAUGGUGGGAACAACAUUGCAUCCACCGGGUACCACAACAAUAGACCGCAGCAUCCAGUCCAGACAACGCUGGCCUUGCACCAUCAUGCUCCUAGUGCAGGACUGCAUGAGGCUGUGAGUGCCGUCGUGAUUCAUUUCACGCGGUACCAGCACCACCACGGCCACGGAGGAACCUUCUUGCGACUGUUUGGGCUCUCCAUCGAGCGGGGGAAGAUGGCCGCUAUGAAAAUAUUAACAGGCACAGGGCUCUUCUUGGCUUUCUGUGCGCUCGGGCUGCUCGCCAUGGCGAUUUGCACCGAUUAUUGGUACGAGACCGACGCGAGGAGACAUCGAGAGAGGUGUAAAAACUAUGCCAACAAGCGAAACGAUCCAGGGUACAUCUACAUUUCAAACCAUAACCUCCCCCUCCAGAUGCCUCCAAAGAGCCUGGAGAGGAAAGGUAACGGCCCAGAUGCUGGAGCUCUCAUCAGGGGGAAGCGGCACUUUCUGGCCGCUGCGUCUGCCAUGGAGUCUCAUUGCAGUCGGCAGUUUAACUCCACCAUCUCCGGGCUCUGGAGGAAGUGUCACCGGGAGGGAUUCGAUCUGGAGACCGAGGACCUUAUUUACAAAGGAAUAAUUCAAAGAUGUACCCCAGUCAAGUAUCACUAUUCUUCGUCCAUCCUACCACGAAAUUUACCCAUCAACAUCACAAAGACCAUACGACAGGAUGAGUGGCAUGCACUGCAUCUAAGAAGAAUGACGGCUGGCUUUGUGGGCAUGGCCGUGUCCAUCAUUCUCUUUGGCUGGAUCAUUGGAGUGCUGGGAUGCUGCCAACAGCAUGACCUCAUGCAAUAUGUAGCUGGGCUACUAUUUCUCAUGGGAGGAACAUGCUGCAUCAUCUCUUUGUGCACAUGCGUGGCAGGAAUCAACUUUGAGUUAUCCCGCUACCCCCGCUACAUGUAUGGCCUCCCUGAGGACAUUAGCCAUGGCUAUGGCUGGUCCAUGUUUUGUGCCUGGGGGGGCCUCGGUCUCACAUUGCUGGCUGGCUUCCUCUGCACCUUGGCCCCCUCCCUGAGCACACCCGCUCGCACAACGACCCACAAGCCGAGGCAGGAGAAUGGAACCGUGUGACGGAGACGUCGUGAAGCGACUGACCCACCGAACGCACAAACCACACCCUUCCAACCUUGAUGUUUAACUCUGAAACAGUUUUUGUCUGAUCACCAUCUCACACCACCCACGACAUCGCCAUCUCCCUUCAGUGUUCAGUGUGCCUGAGUUGUGACAGAAGGAGCAAAGUAAUGACAAACUUACACACCUAAUCUCGAAAAUCCCAGAGGGACCUCCAGGAAAACCAAGACUAACACCUACAGUAAUGUAUGACUGGGACAUGGCUCUCAUAGCUCAAAGAAGACAUUGUUGACAGUUUGACAUGCUGACUUUAUGGCGAUCUAAAGGUGACUGUUUUCUCUGAAGAGAAUUUGUCUUAAAAUGGUGCUCUCUUAAAUACAUAAAGCCACACACACUCCCACGCAGCACACACACGCACACACACACACACACACACCAGCACAUGCUUUUCCACACAUGCUCAAUUACUCCGGAUGAAUUAUGGGAGACAUCCUCCAAAAGGAAAUAAAAACACAGACAUCAUACCAGAGCAUCUUGUCAGCAUUCCUCUUUCAGUUAGGUGUUAUUGUACGUAAUGAAAAAAAAUCUGGCACUGACUGCCCAUAGCUUAUCUUUAGUGUAGCACACUAACUGAUAUCAACCAUGAGCCCCAGGGGUAAUGUCUGCAGCCUCUGCAGAGCACAAAAUGGAUCGAUCAGCGUGGUCAGUACGAUAAAAUACACUAGUGGAGUAAAUCUUCAUUGAAAAGAAAAUCAUUUGAUGCUUCUUUAAAGAUUCUAUAUGUACAAAUGCAACUCUAUGUAGAUCCAGAUCAUUGUUUGUGUAAAGUAGAUUUUGAAUAGGAAUGUUUGUUUUUCUGUUUGUUUCGAGGUGAUGAUGGCUGACAGUUAGGAGAGGAUAAAGAGUUACAGGGAUCUAUAGGAGCAGGAAUCCAUUAUUGGAUUCAGCAACGUAAAGGUAUUUUGCGGUACCAAACUGACAGACGCGACCCCGUUGUUUGCUGACGAGAGCAAAACUAGAAACCAAACUGUGGAGGAAGUAUUUGAUUGCUCCAUUGUUUACCCUCAAUAUUGGUCAGCCUUUUUGUGUAAUACAAGCAAGUUAAGCAAAUUUUAAAGGAAAAAAAGUACAACUUCAGCGUCCCGCUAAAAACAAAAGCACAAAUCAUCAUCUGCACUAAGUACAGUAACAUAGUAACAUCACACAUUGGUAGAGGGCCAAAGUGUCUGUCAAUCAUGUCUUGACUAAAGUCUGGCCCAGUAACGGCUGAAACAAUGAAACAAGCAGAAUAUGGAAGAUCAUUUAUGAGAUAGACAUCAUUGUUCCCACAAUGCAAUGCACACAGGAAAUGGAGAAGCUUGUUUUUUAUAGAUGUGGAUGUAAUAAAUCCAUAAAACAAGUUUGUUUAAAAGUUCAAGAUUGAUGAAGGCAUUCCAAAUUUCCAGUUUGAUUGAUGUGUUGAACACAUCUUGUAUCAUUUCUUGAGCAGUAAAACACAUAUUUACUGUGUACUAAGUUACAGAAUGGUACACUGUGUAUUAUGUAGUGUGAAUACUUUUGUGAUUCAAUGGUUUGAAUUAAAAAUACCUCCAAAUCUGGAAUUAAAAAAAGCACAAAUGGUAAUUUCAAAAUUACAGUAUGCAGUAAUGCAUGUUAAAAGCUGUAUUCCUGUGUACUCAUUUUGUGUUUUUAUUGGGGUGCGCUCACACAUGGAAAAUGACUAAAUGAAGUGUACUUAAAAUCACAAGUAUAAAAUGGUUUGAUUUUGAAGUGUUGUGUUAAUGGACAACAUUUGGAAUACAACAAAAUAACGAGUGAAAAUAAAGUAAUACAUUCUUGGAAAAACAUUUUUUAUUUAAAAUCGGAAGUGCCAUUUUAAAAUUGACAGUUGGAUUAAUGUGUGGUGCCCAUUUUGAAUUGUGGGUCAUUAGUACGAAUCAGUAAGAUACACCAGUUUUUGUGUACUAACUUACAAAAUUGUACACAUUAUAGUAUGUAGUAUGGGAUGGGGCAACAUGAAAGGUUUUGAAAACGGAGUGUAGCAGACUUUAGUUUGCUCAAUGAUAAAGGUAGAAGCGGUUCUCUUGGUGACACUUGUGGAUGAUAAUAACUCACAGAAGCUAGUUUUCUGUGACGCAGAUAUGAUUCCCCCCCCCCCCCCCCCAGUCAUUAGAACUCAUUUAUUUUGAAAUCGUCACAAGUUCAUGAAACAAGAAUAUUACAGCCAUGUGUGAUGACGUUUUUAUGAAUUGCUGGAGCUGAGUCAUGAGAUAUUCUAUCAGCUAUGUCAAAUAACUUUCUUAGAAAAAAAAAGGUGUUAUAAUGUGUGUUGACAACACUGUGUGUGAUGUUCAGUCCUUUCACCAUCACCAUUAACCUCCUCAUGAGGCUACCACUUUUCAGAAGUCGAGGAAAUUAACUGAGGCAUGAUUGAAAACUGUAUCUUCAGUGUCUUGUUGAAUCUUUGCACUUGGCUGGUUUUGAGCAGGUGGAGUUAUACAUUAUAUGUUUGCAAGGUCACAUACCGGAGCAAAAGAUGAUCAGAGCAUGUAAUAAGCACCCUGUUCUGUCUUUUACAAAGAGAUUGGGUUUAUACCAUGUUGUGUGUUUAGGGUCAGUCAGUCUAGGCUCUUAUUGUGAAAAUAUUUAUGCCAGAAACAAGGACAUACCAUAAAUAUAAAACUAUUUAUAUCUAUGGUCAUUACACUAACAACUGAGUCAGUUUAUUUUCUGACAUCCUGCGACUCACAGAAUGCAAUGCUGUUUGGUGUUUUGGUUUUAUAAAGUUUUAAGUUCACACCCCAACUGAUGCACAGUAAUUUAAGUAUUACUGUGAGCAGUAAACUGUAAUGUAUAAGUACAUGAUGCAAGUAUAAUGUGUUGUUAGGACUAAAGCACAAUUGCACACAACUCUUACAAGUUUUUUGUUUAUUAUAGUUGGGAAAUCUGACUUUUCCAGUACUGAUGUGCCACCACUGCACAUGUGCAGGACUUUGUCAAAAAAGUAUUACAAGCAACAAAUUUAAAGCACAUAUUAACGCCCCUAUAUCUCCAAUAGUAAAUUUCAAGGACACCAACAACAUAACUGUCUGAUUUUAAAAUGAAGAUUUUUUUUUUUUUUGGAUUGAGUUUUAA